GAGCUGGCGGUGGCGGGAAUGACAUUCAGUGGUGUUUUUCUCAGGUGAAAGGCGCUGUGGACGAUGAUGUAGCGGAAGCUGACAUAAUAUCUACAGUAGAGUUUAAUCAUUCUGGAGAAUUGCUAGCGACGGGAGACAAAGGCGGUAGAGUUGUCAUAUUUCAACAAGAGCAAGAGAACAAACUACAAUCUCACACCAGAGGUGAAUACAAUGUUUACAGUACCUUCCAAAGUCACGAGCCAGAGUUUGACUACUUGAAAAGCUUAGAAAUUGAAGAAAAGAUCAACAAAAUUAGGUGGUUACCCCAGAAAAACGCUGCUCAAUUUUUAUUGUCUACGAAUGACAAAACAAUAAAAUUAUGGAAAAUCAGUGAAAGAGAUAAACGGCCGGAAGGCUACAACUUAAAAGAAGAAGAUGGCCGGUAUAGAGACCCCACAACAGUCACUACUUUACGGGUGCCAGUAUUUAGACCCAUGGAUCUCAUGGUGGAAGCCAGCCCUCGAAGAAUAUUUGCCAAUGCUCACACGUAUCACAUCAAUUCUAUCUCCAUUAAUAGUGAUUAUGAAACAUACUUGUCUGCGGAUGACUUGAGGAUUAAUUUGUGGCAUCUAGAAAUCACAGACAGAAGUUUUAAUAUCGUAGAUAUUAAGCCUGCCAACAUGGAAGAGCUGACGGAGGUAAUAACAGCAGCCGAAUUCCACCCAAACAGCUGCAAUACUUUUGUGUACAGCAGUAGCAAGGGAACUAUUCGCCUGUGUGACAUGCGUGCGUCGGCUCUCUGUGACAGGCAUUCGAAAUUGUUUGAGGAGCCAGAAGAUCCAAGCAGCCGGUCCUUUUUUUCAGAAAUCAUCUCCUCCAUCUCCGAUGUCAAAUUUAGCCAUAGUGGUCGAUAUAUGAUGACUAGAGAUUAUCUGUCGGUGAAAAUUUGGGAUUUAAAUAUGGAGAACCGACCUGUGGAAACGUACCAGGUACAUGAAUACCUCAGAAGUAAACUUUGUUCGCUCUAUGAAAAUGACUGCAUUUUUGACAAAUUUGAGUGCUGCUGGAAUGGGUCGGAUAGCGUCGUCAUGACUGGCUCCUACAACAACUUCUUCCGAAUGUUCGAUAGAAACACCAAGCGGGAUGUUACAUUAGAAGCCUCUCGGGAAAACAAUAAGCCUCGUACGGUUUUGAAACCCCGUAAAGUCUGUGCGAGCGGCAAACGGAAGAAGGACGAGAUAAGCGUUGAUAGUUUAGACUUCAACAAGAAGAUCCUCCACACAGCCUGGCACCCCAAGGAAAACAUAAUUGCUGUAGCCACUACAAACAACUUGUAUAUAUUUCAAGAUAAAGGGAUUUAGGGUAGUGGUCUGAUCAGAAGAGUUCACUUCCUGUCUAGCUCAGAUAGGUGAACUUAGCAUUUGUAAACAAUAUAGGGGAAGAAAUGGAGCCAGAGAGAGAGAAGUUCGUUGCGGUGCACCUUCCCCAGUGUUUAAACAAUGUGCCAUAGUGACAACCCAUUUUUUCUAGAUAGCUACAUGGAUGGUCUCUCUCUCUCUCCCUCCCUCCCUCCCUCUCUUUGUCUCUCUCUGUCUUUCUCUGUCUCUCCCUCCCUCCCUCUCUCUCUUUUUCUGUCUUUGCUGGGCAGUUCUCCACUAGCCAUUUAGGUGGGGGGUAGGGCACUUUUUAACAUAAAAUGACUACUUGCACCAUCUCACCAAAUGGACUAGAGAUUGGAUCGUUGUCAACAUUGGGUUCCUCCAAUUUUUUAUGCCUUUCAUUGUGAUGACGUCAGCCACAGAGCAAAGCCUUCAAGUAAUGCUGUGGGAUUUCAUUGUGUAACCUCAUUACUGUAUUAUUUGUGCCCCCUCCCCCCUUUUUUAAUUAAAUAACAGCUUGUUCUUGC